UAGGACUCCUCCAACGGCGGAGGUCGAAAGGCCUCCGCACACCAGUUAAGUUAUGUAUUGUUUUGAAUUUCAAAAAGUUCACCGAAUCUUUUUCCUCCAGAGUCGCCACCCUGUCUGCGCCCAGACCUGCGGGUCAUUCUGCGCUCGGAGGUCGUUAAAAAGAUCGGAACUUUCCGAAAUGCUUUAAGGUAACCUGUUUUGUUUCGGUGGUGGUUUUGCACGAAGGAUGUUUGCUUGCGAUUUUGCUGGACAAAUUCCAGCACAGUAACGGUUACGGAUAACAGCGGCGCUCAGCGCCAUUUCAGUCGCAAAGACUGCUCCCAAUUCUGAACCCAGCUAAAUCCAUUCCACGUUUGGAACUCUUCGAGGUACACACACGCACACGAUGACAGCAGCGGAGGAGACGUCCUCCCGGUCCCAUCUGCCACGACCAUCAGCGAGCUUGGCCAGCUCGUUUUCAAUCGCAGCCCGAUGGAGCCAACCCCCGUCAUCGCAGCAUCUGUACACCCGGAGAACCAUCGUGUUGGUAACCGCUGAGGGUCAACAGCGACGCCAGGAGGCGUCGGGGGAGGCCACGGAGGUCUCCCCCAGUUCAGGCAAGGAGUCUCGCAUCGCAUCGACGCCGACGUCGGCGUCACCGAUAGCAUCAGACAGCAGAGCAGCAGAUUACGCACGGCGCCACCCACGCACGGUGGCUUUGCGUUCAGCACAGACCAGCACAGAUCAACAGCAGCAAGCAAGCAGACAGACGAACCGACAACCGACGUCGGCGACACGCCGUCGAACAACAACCGCAGCCCUUCAAAGCAUCCACCCCCGCAACAGCAGACGAUCAUCCGAUUGAGCACAGCAGAGCAAGCAAGUCAAAUCAACACCAGCAGACGGUAGCAGUUUCAAGCGCUCGAGAACAAGCAGCAGUUUGGCGAUCAGAUCCAGCUCAAGUUCAGGGUCAACCUGCUGUCGAUCGACGCCAUGAUGAAACAGCACCUGGAAAGAACGAAAAAUCAACGAUUUGCAGCACACCACAACACCAAUCAACCGCAGAAGUGUCCCCAGCAGCAGCGCAGCAUCCCGAUUGAUCGUUCGAGGUCCAGGAGAAGUCCAGAAAGCAGCAAAUCCGAGGAGAAAUCGAUGCAUUUUGACUGCAGCGAAGUGCACCAUCCAGCCCGUCCAGAAGAAGAAAAAUAUCUGGCUAUUGUUCGAUCUCGAUCGACGGCCGCAGCCGCGAUCGCUAGUAUAUAAGGAGAACAAUGACAAUCUUGACUUAGGGUAAAAGCAGAAACAGUAGAAGUAGAUAAGAGACGAAGAUAACGGAUAAGAGAUAAGGAACAGAACCAAAACAAAUCAGUGGGAUAGCAGUGAGAAUUGUAGUGGUAGUUGUAACAGCGAGAAGAAUGUUUGAAUCCGAGUGAUUCCAAGGCGGCCGGUAUGAUCGCGCGAGAGAUCAAUUUCCCCAUUCUACCAGCCUAAAUGUGAUCCACAAAUAAAUGUUAUUCCGUCCCUGUCUGUCCCUGAAGUGAGCAGAGUGAGCAGAGGUGAUCCUCGCUUUUUUUGAUCUCUCCCCGGCUCGCUUCUCAUGUACUGUCCCCUUUAGAUUAUAGUCUUAAAUAAACCGUUGACUACGCCAGACAGCUACGCGUUUAAGAAUAAAUUGUGUAGUUUCUGUUCGCGCAAUAAAUUGUUUUAAUCAGUGCUAAACGGUUUAUGAUUAGUGUCCGAAAUCCCCGAACCGACCAC